GCUAAACAAAAAAAAUAACGCUUUUAUGUAAUCUGAUUUGUUUGUGUAUUCAAAGAAUAAGAUAUGAAAAACAAUGACGAUAAAAUGACCGGUGAUUAUCAAUCACAGCCCAAUGAUUAUGCUGAUAAUGGUGCACAAGUUUUAUCGUCCAAAUUAACACGUGGUCCAGUCGGACUAGGUGAUCCAUCUGAUAGAACACUUAGAAAAGUUGAAAUCGAAGUAAUGAUACCGAAAUUGGUACGUGAACGAUCGAAAAUUUUUAAAUGUUCAGAACUUAAAAAAGCAUUCGAUCAAUGUUGUCUGGACAAUGCAAUGGCCAUGGUUUUCAAAUGUCGUGAAGAGAAUCGUCGUUAUCAACAAUGUCUGAAUCGUUGGUACAAUGAUGAACCAUUCGUAAAUGAAUGUAAAGAAAUCUAUCUCCAGCAACGGGCAGAAUUUCGUUUGACUGGCAUUAAAAAACGUAAUAAGAAAAACGAUGAUAAAAAUAGUAAUGAUAAUGUUGAUGGCACGAAAACUAAUACAGCUUGACCGCUCAAAUCAACAAAUCACAUCUGCUGUGUUACUUUCUGUAGAAUUAUCUCCUUUUUACAAUUGAUGUUUUUGUAAUAACUAAUUUGACCCCCACCCCCAUUAAUUCUUGUAUACUUGAUACGUUGUACAGUUGUCCGCAAAAAUAAUGAUUAAAUCUCUUUUUUUCGGUAAAAAUUA